AUGAUUCGAUCAGUGGCUGACCGAAGUUGGACCGAUGUGGAUGCCUUGAAAGCCCUAUGCGCUGGAACUCUUUCCGAUUUGGAGCUAUCGUCUGAUGACAAAGAGUCGUUUGGAUUUACAUCUGAAAGAGAGUUGCAGUCUGUCAGAGUAGGUGCAGAUGUCAUCAAUCAAAACCAACGAGAGGUAUUCCCACCCGACACUGAAGAAGAUGAAGGGCCUAGCUCAUUGUGGAUUAGAUCGAAUGAUCCAGGAGUUGCUGACACCUGCGAUGAAGUGGUUCUCGAAGUACCACCGACAAGAGAAACAGAAUCGUCGCAUGAAAAUAUACUUCAGAAUAUUAAGCCUAAACAGAACAUUAGGUGGAGACACAAGGAACUCCUAAACAACAAUAAAAAGCCUCGAGGAUUUUCUCAAGAAGUAGUUUUGACGAAGAUGUAA